UCAGAUGGCCACUUGACUUCACCGUGUUCCAGUCGAGGUGUUCUCAAGGCAAAAGAACCAUGAAGGCUAUACUGAUGCUGUUCGUCCUGGUGGUGGCCGUUUCGGCACGAUGCAUACGAGAUAACAGUGAUGGACAACCAGGCUGCAAGAAACAGGAGGAAUUGAAUCAGAAAUUCUGGCGCCAUAAUCACGAUCCUACCGCGUACUGGGAGUGCGUCAAGCUAAACGAACCCGGAGUGGCUCGUCGAUGCGUUACGGAAAUGGCAUUCCAUGCAACGCUUCUGGAGUGCGUGGACUGGGACGAAUGGGAAUGGGAGCCAACCUGUGUUCCUCUCUCGCGACCGGAUAACUGACCGCUUGUAAACAUGAUUUUUCUUACGUAUGAUACAACUUGUGGAACUGGAUGGACGAGGAUGGUGAUAUCAGUGAUUCAACGAUAAGUGUACUCCAAAAAUAAAUAUUUUAUUGGUUUAUUAGUUGACGAAAAAAAUUCAAUAAAA